AUGGCUACACGACCGACUUUACCUUACGUUGCGCCCGACGAAAUCCUCCCAUCACCCCUACCGAGUGUAGAGGAGAUACUGGCUUCGCCCUGUCUAUUUGACGGUGUCUUUCGCCGCGUUGGCCACCACUUUAUGGUCAAACAUGGAAAGUCAACCGGCGCUCUCCUUCAAGAGGGCCAGAACAUGCUUUUUGUUGAGCAGUCGGCUUCCUUGCUGCGCAUUCCAAAGAAUUACGCAAUAUCCAGUCAUGAGAAAACGAACAUGGACUUCAUUGUGAUGGAGUACAUUCCUGGAAAAUUGUUAGACCGUAUAGAUUGGUGUACUCUCACCGUUUCCCAAAAGACCAACAUCACUUCACAGCUCCGCCGAGGGCUCGAUGAGUUGCGUAGCAUCCCUUCCCCAGAGCAGUGGAUUGACGCUAUGUGGCGCUGCGCCGUGGGCGUCAAAUCGGCUACCGAUUCAAAGUUGCCCAACAUCUCUCGUCUUCGGAAGGAUUACCACCUUGUUUUCAAGGGCUACAAGCCUGUAUUUACCCAUGCCGAUUUAGGCCCGGGGCAUGUCGUACUCCGAAACGUGGUGUCUUUGUAG